AUGGUCAACUUAUUUAUUAAUAAAUAUCAAAUUACUUAUUCAAUAUUUAACAAGUCAAGCUAUUUUAGAAGUUAUUUUAUUCCUACAAGUUUAUAUUUAGGUAGAAGUUUUUCUUAUUAUGAUCAAAAUCGGUAUAAUAUGGAUAAUCUUUACUUAUAUAAGUAUAAAAAUAGAAAUAUUUCGACAUAUAAAACUGAUUCUAAAAUACCUCUAAAAGGAUAUAUAUCACAGAUUAUUGGAGCUGUAGUAGAUGUUAAGUUUGAUCAUAUAUUACCAUCAGUUUUAAAUGCUUUAGAGGUACAAGAUCAUCCAAAUAAACUUGUACUAGAAGUAGCUCAGCAUUUAGGGGAUAAUUGUGUACGUACAAUUGCAAUGGAUGUAACUGAAGGUUUAAUGCGUGGUCAAGCAGUAUUAGAUACUGGAAAUCCAAUAUCUGUACCAGUAGGAGAUGCUACAUUAGGUCGUAUAAUGAAUGUCAUUGGGGAACCAGUUGAUGAAUGUGGUCCAAUAGAAUCUACAAUUAGAUUACCUAUACAUAGAAAAGCUCCAGAAUAUACUGAACAAGGUACGGAUCCAUCAAUAUUAAUAACAGGUAUUAAAGUAGUUGACUUAUUAGCUCCAUAUGCAAAAGGUGGAAAGAUUGGUCUUUUUGGUGGUGCUGGUGUAGGUAAAACAGUACUUAUAAUGGAAUUAAUUAAUAAUGUAGCAAAGAGACACGGAGGUUAUUCAGUAUUUGCAGGUGUAGGGGAGAGAACAAGAGAAGGUAAUGAUUUAUAUCAUGAGAUGUUAAUAACUGGUGUAAAUAAGAAGAAAUUUAUUUCUAUGGAAUUGGACUAUAAAGGUAAUAAGUACACUAAGUGUGAUUUUACGGGUUCUAAAACAGCGCUUGUAUAUGGUCAAAUGAAUGAACCCCCUGGUGCGCGUGCCAGGGUUGCUCUAACAGGUUUAACUGUUGCAGAGUAUUUUAGGGAUGAAAAGGGUCAGGAUGUCUUACUAUUUAUAGAUAAUAUAUAUCGAUUUACUCAGGCUGGUAGUGAAGUAUCUGCACUACUUGGUCGAAUGCCUUCAGCAGUAGGAUAUCAACCAACUCUAGCAACUGACUUAGGAUCUUUACAAGAACGGAUUACAACAACUAAGAAGGGAUCUAUAACAUCUGUACAAGCAGUAUAUGUACCAGCUGAUGAUUUAACAGAUCCAGCAUCAGCUGCAACAUUUGCUCAUUUAGAUGCUACAACUGUAUUAUCAAGAAAAAUUGCUGAGUUUGGUAUUUAUCCUGCAGUAGACCCUUUGGAUAGUACUUCAAGGAUGUUAGAUCCCUCUAUUAUAGACUAUGAACAUUACCAUGUUGCAAGAGAAGUGCAAAAAUUAUUACAAGAUUAUAAAUCCCUUCAGGAUAUAAUUGCUAUAUUAGGUAUAGAUGAACUUAAUGAUGAAGAUAGACAAACAGUAACCCGUGCUAGGAAGGUACAAAAAUUUCUGUCUCAACCUUUUUUCAUGUCAGAAGUAUUUACAGGGAAAGAAGGUAGGUUUGUUGAAUUAGAAGAUACAGUAAAAGGGUUUAAAGAACUAUUAAAUGGUAAUUAUGAUGACUUGCCAGAAAUGGCAUUUUAUAUGGUUGGUAAUAUUGAGGAGGCAAAGCUAAAGGCUUUGGAUAUAACGAGGCAGGAUUAUAAAUAA